AUUUUUAGGAUGUAAUUACGAGAAAAACGAAUCAUGCUGAAGUGAUGAGCAUUUUGUUGUAUUUACCACUGGCAACAGUGAUCUCAUCAUCCUAUGUUGGACUUUUGUAUGCUUUUGAUUUCUAUGGUGUUGAUCGAGAUGAUCCACAAAGUAUCAAACGACGUUUGCUUGGUGCUACGGUAAAUAAUAUUAUCAGUAUUGCAUGCACAUAUGCUGUAUUAUACAAGCAUCAUGAUUCACCGCUAUUAUUGAUGGGGAUACAUGCCCGAGGUAUUUACCCAGCAUGCAUAUUACCAACGUUAUUAACAUGUAUUUGCUAUUUGGGCAAUUGGGUUAUGAUGUAUAUUGAUAAUAACUUUUGGUCUCUCUUUCAUUUGGAUGAACUGAAACGAAAUGCUGGGAAUAUCAUAUGGAUUCGAGAUGUUUUAUUGGCACCGGUCACAGAAGAGAUAGCAUUUCGUGCUUGCGCAUCAACCUUAAUUUUACAGUGUUUAUCAUCAACUGUAACAAUAUUUGUUGCACCAUUACCAUUUGCUCUAAGUCAUCUUCAUCAUAUUUUUGACGAUAUGAAGAAAGGUUAUACCAAAUAUGAGGCAAUCAGUCGAAGAGCAUUCCAAACGUCUUAUUCAUAUUUUUUUGGUGCAUAUGCAACGUUCCUUUUUGUUCGUACAGGUCAUAUAUUGGCACCGAUCGUAAGUCAUUCAGUUUGUAACAAUAUGGGCUUACCACUUCUACCACUUAUUGAAGCAUAUCCGAAACGUUCAACGCGUAUUCUUCUGUGGUUUUCUUAUCUUCUUGGUUUUAUAUUAUGGUUAUGGUUGCUAAAACCUCUUACUGAUUCAAAGCUUUAUAAAUGAGGGAAGAAGAAAAUAGC